AUGGCGAAUAAGGAAAAGCUUCCAUGCGAUUUGGUGGAAGAGAUUCUAUCUCGUGUCCCUCCUACUUCUCUUGUCCGAUUCAGAACAAUUUGCAAACGAUGGAACACUCUCUCCGACGAUAAGGCAUUCAUUAACAACCACAAGAUGACUUUUCGUUUCAUUUUAACAUCUAGAUCCAAGUGUUAUUCGGUAAGCGUCAAUCCUAAGGUAGAGGUGUGUGAGUUAACCUUAAAUACUCCCGGUUUGAUAACUCAGAUACCUUAUAGCUUGGUUGAUUCCAGUGGGUUCUUACUUUGUGGCAUGGGCAAAGGAGCCGUGGUUUGGAACCCCUGGUUAAGACAGACUAGAUGCAUCGAGCCCGAUAUUAACCAACCUAGUUUGAGUUUUCUUGGCAUAGGUUAUGAUAAUAAAAAGAGAGUCCAUAAGGAAAUUGUUUACAAGACCCUUUCGACUAUGAAGGACGUAGGCUCUAGCCAUACGUGGAAAAUCCAUGACUUUGCCUCUGAUGCGUGGAAAGAAGAAGAUGUAGAAGAAGCAAAAUAUCGAACACUGUCUAGUAAACAUUUUACCGUUCACUAUCACUUUACAAGUGUUGUAUCGCUGAAUGGAACUUUGUAUUGGAUUGCUUAUUAUGAAAAGACUCAUGUCACUCAUCCCUUGUUGUUCAUCUUAGUUAACUUCAGUUUUUCGACCGAAGAAUUCUUGGAGUUUUGUGAUCUACCAAGUGGGAAGAACCAUCCCCGCGAUACUCUUGUCCUUAGAGUUUUUAGGGAAGAUCGGUUUUCGUUGUUGAAGCAAUGCCAUGUAACAAAGAAGAUUAAGAUUUGGGUGACCAAGAACAAGAUUGAUGAUCGGUCUGGUUAAAAUGUGAAAUGGAUGAGUUACAUGGAGG